AUGGCCGCUACCAUGACUACGGUGGCUAUGAUCAAUGCCAAGUGCUUCAACACCGAUACAAAGGGUACUUUUUACCCUUCCAAGAAAUCACUCUCUCUUCUCUCCAUGCAAAACCACCCAAGAGGACUCACCACCACCUCAAAGCCAUUAGAAGUCUCUGGCCCAGCUGGUACUGCCCUUGCCGGAGUUAUUUUCUCAACACUCAGCUCCUCUGAUGCUGCCUUUGCUGCCCAACAAAUUGCUGAUAUAGCCGAAGGUGAUAACCGGGGGCUCGCCCUUCUGCUACCUAUCAUUCCAGCCAUAGCUUGGGUUCUUUACAACAUUCUUCAACCUGCUCUUAACCAGAUUAACAAGAUGAGGAGUGUCGAAGGGGUGAUCAUCGGGCUAGGUGGACUUGUGGGCUCAAGUUUCGUGCACCCGCCAGAGUCAUCAGCCAGUGAAAUUGCCAUGAUUGCUGACGCUACCGCAAAUGACAACAGAGGCCAGCUCUUGCUGUUUGUAGUCAUCCCUGCCAUUCUUUGGGUGCUAUACAACAUUUUGCAACCAGCUUUGAACCAGAUCAACAGGAUGAGAUCAGAUUGA